GUCUUAAAAGAAGAUCUCCCCCGUACAAGGCCAUUUAACGAUAUAAUAGUAUGUCCCAUCAAGUUACGGAUUUCCUAAGUUGGGACUUGUUGCGCCUUGCUUGGGAAGACCUGCCUAUGGAGACGAAAGCUUUCCUCCGGAGCUACAUAAAAGACGUAAAAUCGGAUCGUUUGGAGUCACACGUUAAGCAUAUAGCAAACGCGGGAUGGGACAGAGUGCGAUAUCCGUGCUUUGGUAUGCUAUCUUUCGUGGAUUUUGAUCUGUCUAGAUCCCCAGUCUAUGACGAAAUAAUAUCCAACCUCAAAGCGUCCUCGAUCAUGCUAGACCUGGGGUGCGGCCUCGGUCAGGAAAUACGUCGGUUGGUGUAUGAUGGCGCCCCAGCUGAGAACAUUGUCGGUUUAGACAAAGACAAGUACUUUAUAGAACUCGGUUUUGAAUUUUUUCGGGAUAAGGCUACAUUAAACUCGACAUUCCUAGUGGAUGACUUUUUGAAGCCUAGUCCAAAGCUUGCCCAAUUAGCUGGCCACAUACGUGUCAUAAACUCCGGUUACUUCCUGCAUUUAUGGGACUGGAAAGGACAGGUUAGCGUUGCUAAAUGCAUCAUUGGCUAUCUUUCUCUGCAAGAAGGUGACCUGAUCACCGGUGUCCAAUUUGGGAAAGAAGAUGCUGGUCUUUGGAAGGUACCAACUCUUGACUAUUCCAUUUUGCUACACAACUCAGCCAGCUUUGCACACAUGUGGAAUCAGAUUGGGGAAGAAACUGGCACUAGAUGGCUGGUUUGGUCCACGAGCGACCGUGAGGGAACGCAUGACAAAUUGGCUGCUAAGGGUUUUCGUUUGCGAUGGUACGUGCGGUAUAAAGGAAAGCAGUCUCAAACUGUACAGGGUGAAAACUUUAGUCUUAAGCAAGUAGACCAGGAACGCUCAGAUUGCCCGUCGCCUCAAGUCGGAAAGAAUUGAGACUGAGAUGAGCACUGCAU